UCUAUAGACCUUGGUGGCAAUACUUGUCUUUUUGGCCCAGGUAUUUCUUUAGAGCUUGGAGGCCGACAGCUGUGACAGAAUAUUUUUUUGAAUGACUGCCUACAGACAUGUUCUAGUAGCAUAGAUAUUAGAGUAUAAUGGCUAACUAUGGUAACAGUUGUCAGUACUCACCACCACUUAACUAUCUGAUCUAUAUAUCAUUAUGUGUGUCUGUACUGGAAAGCUUAAUUAUAAUUAUAUUUAAAGAGAUGAGUUUACAGGAAACAGGUUUAGAAGUAGAGGGGGAAGGGAGUUAAAUUUUGUGAGUAAACUUUAAAUUUGCCUAUAGAUUUAGUUCAGCAUAUCAGUAUGAUGGUGGAGAAAAGGGACUCAAUGUGACAAAAGAGGAAAACAGCAUGAUUAAUCACAACAAUGCGCAAAAUGUCGAACAGUUAACUAGUGAAAAUGACACACAAAUAAAAAGUAAUAGUCCAGUAGGCUUGAUAGAGCCUGUGCAAAAAAUUACUAUUGAUCAAGAAGAUUUUGGGGCUGAAGGUGUUGCAGAAUGCUUUCAAGAGUGGUUUAACGUAAUUGAAACUCAAGAUAUAGAGCAGCAGUUAAUGUUCUGUCAAUUGUUUCAAACAACCUUUGAUCUUUGUCGUACAUUAUUCAUCGGCAAAAUCAAGGAACCUUUUUUUGCUUUAACUGAAUUAACUGAUGAUGAGAAUGAAAGUAGCACAAUAAACAUCAAAAGGAAAAAGCAUUUGGAAAAUGUUUCAAAAGCACAUAAGCUCCUUUUGAUGCACUCUUUCAAUGAACUACAAAAUGCUGAUCUGUUUCAAGUAGUGAAAAAGGUGAAAGGCUCCUUGUCUGAUAAACAAUGUAAAUGUCUUGUAACACAAGAAGAGGACCUAACUGUUGAAGCCGUCAAGAUUUGCUGGAAAAUGCAAAUGUUGCCUACACCAAUGUUUGUCUGUCAACCAAAAGUCUUUAAGGACCAAUGGCACGAGACCCAUUAUGACUCUUGGGGUGAUGAUAGUACUAAUGACUUAGUGUAUUAUAGACCAGUCCUGAUGAACAGUGCUGGAGGAUCAAUUGCUUAUAAAGGUCUAGUGGGUAGUAAAAGUAAACUGUCGGAUGGUAUAUUGAAUAAUCAUGAUGAAGAUGAUGAUGAUUUUGCAGAUAAUUGUCAAAAAUUAAUGGAAAUAUUGCCUGUAAUUUCAAGCUCAAAACAAAUUCCGAUGCAUUUUAAAGCUCAAGUUGAUGAAUUAUUGAAAGCAGCCAAAAAAAUACAGUACUGAUGUGUUCUUUUUUACUAUUUUGAAAUCAUUUUUUACCUAUUGUAGCAUAUUCAGUUUUGUCAUUUUUAUUAUCAUAAUUCUUUAUUAUUUAACACAAAUUCAUAUCAUUUGCAAAGAAUACAUUAAGAAGCUUCUAAA